UUUUGGAUGUGUGAGCUCAUGUUUUUGUUUUUUUUGUAACUUUCGAUUUUCAUAACAAAUUUUCCCAAAUCCAUUGAAACUUUCCGCCGAAUGAAAGAAUUUAAAGAAUUGCAAUAAUUGUUGCGGAAUUCCAACAAAGAAAGACAAAAUACCACGCAAAAUACAACGUAAUUAAAAUUUUAAGGCAGCCAGCAAAUAAAUACUAAUUGAACAAUUCACUUGACUAUCGCAAUGGGAGCAAGGUCCUCUGUACCAUUGCGUGACAAAGACAUAGUUAAAGGUGAAGGAAAACAUACACCAGUACCAGAUGAUACAGAACCAUUUCAAGGUAAAAGUUUAGACUGUAUAGUCGUCAGCAUACCUGUACGAAUGAAGCGCCAUUUUGUGUCGAAUUUCAUCGCUGGACAGCCAGCGGUUACAAGCGAUGUUGAUACGUAUUAUCCAACUCUUGCCCGCUACCAAGAACAAGGAUAUGAUUUGCAUACAUUUUAUCACAUUCAAGGCUUGGUAAAGACAUCAGGUUUUCGUGAAGCCACCGUGCCAUAUGUGGCAGUUUUUAGUAAACUAUUAGAUGUUGGUUUAACUAAAGAUGUCUCGCGCUUAUUCGUUGAAAAAUGUACAAUGCAUGUACAAUUUACAAGCCGGGUGAAAAGAAUCUUCUCACCAGCGCGUGUGUUAAACACUGAGGAAUUAUUGAAUAAAAUUACUCUUCACAGUUCAAUGGGGGCAAGACUUCUUUGUAUUGAGACCAAUGGACAAGUUGUCACACAAGGAAUGUCUGGUAAGAUCAUUGGGCUUGAUGCAAUUUUCGAAAUCCCCAACGAACCAACCCCAUCAAAAUAUGUAUAUCAGAUGAUUAACGUUCCAAUUGAAAUAAGUGGCAAAGUGGGAUACCCACCUAAAGUAACAAUGCGUUGCGACUGGCUUGGUACAAUGACAGCACACUUAAAUCAAGGAUGGAAGUUGGUUGAAAUAUUUCUUGACCAAAUAGAACACCAAUCUGGCAACUUUAAUGUCACUGCCACCGCAAACUCUGUUUGGUUUUUUGAAAAAGAAACAUCAAAGCUUCAAGAUACAACACCAGUCUACGAAGGCACAGUGAUUGAAUAUUUUCACGAAGUAUCAACAGGUUUUGGAGGUGCUACUUUAAAGACGGAUUGGUCUCCAUUUAUUAUAGAAAUGGGACAAAGAGGCUGGGAGCUUUCUUGCAUUCAGCAGAGUCCAGAGUUGCGGAGAAUUGGCUUUGGUAAAUUUCAAAUAAAGUUCAUAAUGUUCUUUCAACGCAUAAUUUCUUCAUCCUUCGAUAAGUCUAUUGCACCUCCACCUUAUCCUGGACCUUCUCAUCCGGGAUCCUCUCCUUAUUCGGAGCCGUCUUCUCAUCCGGGACCCUCUUCAUUUGAAAAUCAGCCUUCUUUAUUCGAUGAAAAAAAACUGCCUUUAUGAAAGAAUACUUCUAUGUUAAUCAAGCACGGCUGCACUGAUUGAUUAUUGAAUAAUGUUUAUGAUCUUGGUAUUAUUCCGUCAUAUUUAUAAGCACUAGUAUUUAACUUGUAUAAUUUACGUGCAAUAGAGAUACGCAGGGUAAAUGUAAAUGUAAAACUUUACUGGAAAUCUCUACGUUAAUGGAAUGAAACUUUCAUUGGAUAUCUCUGUGUUUGUAAAAGUUUUUCUUUUGCACUUUUCAAACAAAAUACAUACCAAUGAUGCCAUGAGA